AUGAAAUCGACAUACUAUUCAGAAAUGAGAUUCACAAGUAUGUCAUCUAUAUCUCAUCGUACAAGAGUAUGUUUUAUUCUACUUUGUUUAUUAGCCAAUGUAACGAGAACGAUUUCAAUUAUUAUUUUGGAUCUUACAUGGCCAAUUGUUAGCGAAUAUAGAUUUUUGCUGGAAAAUGGAACAAAUAUUGAAGAGUGGUCAUUGGAUUUGCUAAGAACGCUACCAUCUCUAGUUUAUUUGUCAUCAUACUCAGUAGUUGUACUUUUUUGGGCUCACAUCUAUUAUACUUCAAUUUUAAUUAGUACUCCUCAAAUGAUUUCGUUUUUCAUUGCAAUAAAUACAAUAAUAUAUGGUUUUUAUAUUAUUGGAAUGGCAGUUUCACUUUUCAGCAAUCUUUUAAGCUUUGCUGGAUUUUCAAUGUUUCUGCUUGCAAUUUUAUACAUCUCAAUUUCAAUUUCAAUGCUAUAUUAUGGAAUAAAAGUUAUUUCACAUUUAACUAGACGUGCUGCAAGUGGUACUAUUUUGAGAUACAAUGUUAUACAACGUGUUUUAUUUCUCACAAUAUUCUGCCCAAUACUUUUAUUUAUAAGAGGGAUUAUUUCUGGAAUUCAGUGCAUUUAUAGUAUUAUUGGAGUCCCAGCUUAUUUUAAAAUAUUCGACAAAACGCCUAUUGGGGAUUCAUUAAUAUUUAUUUUGACAGAGUUAUUCCCUUCAAUAGUUAUAGUAGUCUCAUUUUGGCAAAAAAUCUCCCCCUCAACUCUAACAGUGUCAACCAGGGGCCUUGGUUUUACUUCUGGGGUUUUUAGUAAUAUAAAUAAUACAAACGAGAAUCAUAACACACACCAUUCAUUAAAUUUAAUUCAAAAUAUAAACGCAUUAAACAAUAUUGAUGAACUGGUAAAGAAGGUAGAGAAAUAA